UCGGGCUUUGUCAGGCGUAGACGUUGGGAGGUUCUCGGCGGCAGCAGCCGCUCACCUGCGCGGCAGCAGCAGCAGCAAUAACGGCGCCGGGCUCUUUCUCGCCGGUUGUAUCCAGGGCCCAGCCCGUGAGGCGUUGAAGGGGGUAACAGUCACCGGCUUGGCCUCCACCAGCUGCCGCGCAGGGUAAAAGAGGCUGCUGCCGCUGCCACCGAAAGGGGACCGCUGUCGCCUGAGUUUGUUCCAUUAAAAAUCAGUUUGGUGGUGUAAUUGAAUAUUGAACAAGAUGAACAGCUUUAGUGGUGAAGAAUUCAAUUUUAGUUUCCUUGAUGAAGGCUUUACUGCAAAGGAUAUUGUAGACCAAAAAAUAAAUGAAGUUUCUUCUUCAGAUGAUAAAGAUGCUUUUUAUAUUGCUGACCUUGGAGAUGUGCUAAAAAAACACUUGCGGUGGUACAAAGCCCUCCCUAGAGUUUUUCCAUUCUAUGCUGUCAAAUGUAAUGAUAGUAUUGCUAUAGUGAAGACUCUGGCUAGUCUUGGGGCAGGAUUCGAUUGUGCCAGUAAAACUGAAAUACAACUGGUCCAAAGUGCUGGAGUGCCCCCAGAGCGUAUAAUAUAUGCAAAUCCAUGCAAGCAAGUCUCUCAAAUUAAGCAUGCUGCAAAUAAUGGUGUACAGAUGAUGACUUUUGAUAGUGAAGUUGAGCUGAUGAAAAUUGCAAGAGCCCACCCCAAAGCAAAGCUGGUCCUGCGAAUUGCAACAGAUGACUCAAAAGCAAUUUGUCGCCUGAGUGUUAAAUUUGGAGCCACACUAAAAAACAGCAGAUUGUUGCUUGAGCGAGCAAAAGAACUUGACUUAAAUAUUAUUGGAGUCAGUUUCCACGUUGGAAGUGGCUGUACAGAUCCUGAGACUUUUGUGCAAGCUAUUUCUGAUGCACGAUGCGUUUUUGAUAUGGGGGCUGAACUUGGUUUCAACAUGUAUUUGCUUGAUAUUGGCGGUGGCUUUCCUGGCUCUGAAGAUGUAAAGCUUAAGUUUGAAGAGAUAACUAAUGUAAUUAAUCCAGCUUUGGACAAGUAUUUUCCUCCUGAUUCUGGGGUGAAAAUUAUUGCUGAACCCGGCAGAUACUAUGUUGCAUCAGCUUUUACACUAGCUGUUAACAUAAUAGCGAAGAAGAUUGUAAUAAAGGAACAGACUGGAUCUGAUGAUGAAGAAGAACUGAACGACAAAACUCUUAUGUAUUAUGUUAAUGAUGGAGUAUAUGGAUCAUUUAAUUGCAUCUUGUAUGAUCAUGCACAUGUUAAGCCAGUUUUGCAAAAGAGAUCUAAGUUGGAUGAGAGAGUCUACUCUUGUAGUAUAUGGGGACCAACUUGUGAUGGCCUUGAUCGUAUUGUUGAGCGUUGUGGCCUACCAGAACUUCAGGUUGGGGAUUGGAUGUUGUUUGAAAACAUGGGAGCCUAUACUGUGGCAGCCGCUUCUACCUUCAAUGGAUUUCAGAGGCCAACAAUACACUAUGUAAUGCCAAGGACAGCGUGGCAGUUGAUGGAGCGGAUAAAGAAGCAAGGUUUUCAAACGGAAGUAGAAGACCAGGAUGUCCCUUUGCCACUCUCUUGUGCCUGGGAAAGUGGAAUUGAACACCAUCCGGCAGCUUGUACUUCAGCAAGCAUUAACGUAUAGAUACUGUUAGCUAAUGUGCAAGUUUAGGGAUGAAUUUUUAUAGGACAUUGGGGACCAUUAACUUAAUUCUUCCUAGAAUUUUUAAAUGUUUGGAAAGCUUAGGGUAUGUGUAAAUGUAACAAGAUAGGUAAGUAGAAGCUCGGGAGGUCACAUUUAUCUGUGUGUUCCUAUGGAAACUGAUUAUUGUUUUAUAUGGAUUUCUAUUCAUUUCUCAAGUAUGCUACUAAAACUGAACUUUGACUGUCAAACAAGCAUUUGUAGCUUGUAUAUUUGGCAGAAUGGUCUGCAUAUAUUAUUGUGACCUAAUUGUUUUUCAAUAAAGUCUAUAAAAAUAAUAGAA